AUGGGAUCUAAUUUUUUACCUUGUCCUAAAUGUGGAGGACAUUAUGUAAAAAAUAAUCUUAGACAUCAUUUCCGUUUCUGUGCUAAAAAGAAAGAUACAUCUCGGCACAUACUGCAACUUGCACAAAGUGCUGCAAAAUCAGUCCAUAACCGAGCCUGUACCAGAUUAAGAACAAAAAUAAUUCCGAUACUGAAACAAGAUGAUAUUCGUAAUAUAAUAAGAUACGAUUUAUUGAUAAUAUUAUAUGGCAAUCAUCUUUGUCAAAAACACAGGUUAGAACAUCAAGAAGACUAUAUACGUGCGCAGUUACGACUUCUUGGUCGAUAUUUACAAAUAUUGAGACAAAUUGAACCACAAAUAAACGAACUAGAAAUCUUAUUUGAUCCAAAAUAUUAUGAUACUGCUAUACAAGCAGUGAACAUCAUUGCUAAAUAUAAUGAAGAAACACAACUAUAUGAUACACCAUUUAAUGCUUCAAGUUUAGGAACAGUACUGAAAAAGCUGUGUAAGAUUUUAAUUAGUGAAUGUAUCAAGGAACAUAAUGCUGAAAAACAAAAAAUGACAGAAGAUUUUCAAAAACUAUUAGAUGCAGAAUAUGAUAAUAUUGUAAGCAAAACUGUUGCAGAAACACAAUCUAAAAGAAAAAGAGAAAAAAAAGUUGAACUUCUGCGAUCAUCAGAUAUAACAAAAUUGAAUCAGUAUUUAGAAAACAACAGAAUAUCUAACAUGAAAAUAUUACAAAAUAAUUUUUCAUUGAAGGCCUGGAGAUUACUCGCGGAAACAACAUUAAUUAUUAUACAAGUUUUUAAUCGUCGACGAGCAGGGGAAAUCGAAAGAACUUUAAUAAGUGAUUAUAAGAAUUCAAUUAAAGUGACAGACAAUGAUGAAGAAUAUAAAAAAUUACCAGCAUCAGAAAAAGAAGCAGCUAAAAAAUAUAUACGCUUUACAAUUCGUGGAAAAUUAAAUCGGACUGUUCCCGUUUUAUUAAAUUCAAAAAUGAUAGAUGCAAUAGAAACUAUUUUGAAAUAUCGAAAAAUGGCAGGAGUAUCUUCCACAAAUCCUUAUCUAUUUAGAAUUCCAAAUAACAAUAAUAAUAGAUCUAAAUAUCUUAAAGCAUGCAAGUUAAUGCGUGAACAAUCUGCUGUAUGUGGAGCAAAGAACGACAGAGCUUUACGUGGCACCACUUUAUGUAAACACAUAGCUACAAAAUGCCUAUCUCUUAAUUUAUCUGAAAAUGAAGUAUCUCAUGUUGCUAAUUUUAUGGGUCAUCAUCAAGAUAUUCAUAAACAAAUUUACAGACAACCUGUUGCAAAAAUUGAUAUUUUAGACAUGUCCAAAAUUUUAGAAAGAGCUGGAAAUACAUCUGUACAUAAUACUACAGAUAGUUCUGUAACAGAAAAUAAUACGACAGAUAAUACAUCCGAUACGUCUAUAAACAAAAAUCAAAGAUAUAUCUGUACUAAUUCAAACGAAAAUGAGAUACUUGAAACUACUGAAGAUGAAGACUCAGAGAAUGAAAUUUUAUUGCCAUUCGCAGAUACUUCUAACGAAAAUACAUUGAAACAAACAAAUGCAAAAAAAAGAAAAUGUUCAAAAGGCACUUUAUCCAAAUCAGAUAAACGAUCUAAAAAAAUACAAUUUACUCAACCUAAUGAAAAAAUAGUAAAACCACGAUGGACCAUGGAAGAAAAAGAACUUGCUUUUUCAUUGUUUGGCGAAUAUAUCAACAAGCAUGUUUUACCAUCUUUCAACGAAAUAACAUCCAAAAUACGCAAUACUCUUUUGCAAAAUCUAAUUAUUAAUGUUCUGUCCACGACCGCCACGACUGCUACGGGCGCCACGACCGCCUUGCACCGGACGCCCCAGUGUGCCCCCGCGCUUUCCCCGUUGGUAAAACCAACGGGCGCGGGAGCGCCCACCACUCCUUCGUCCUGUCUGAGCUGCAAAUAA